AUGGCCAAUUUUGAUGCAGCUAAAGCAUUAUUUCUACAAGUUGAUACUAAUCGAGAUGGAAGUAUUGAUCAAAAUGAAUUUCGUAAUUGGCUUUCAAAUGCAGAAGGAUUAAAUUCUGCAUCGUAUGAAUCAUCAACUAGUGGACUUAUUCUUAAUGAUAAUGUUACUAGUCGAAUUGAUGGAAAUGAAUAUAAAUUUAGUUCUCAAAAUUCAUUUGAAUCUGCGGCUGACAUAAAUGCUUCAUAUGAAGCUGCAACAGCAUCAGAUGAAUUGACUGGUAAUACAGCGAUUCAUGCAAAUAAUGUACAACAAACGAACCAAUAUCUUUCACAGUCAACUAAAAAUAUUUAUUAUGAUCCUAAUCCACAAAUUGUUCGACGAGCAGCAAUUGGAGGUCCAGUAACUUAUCAACAAAAAAUUCUUGUUCGAUUUCUUCAACCACCAGCCAUUCCAUCACCAGGACCACUUAUUAUUAAAGAAGUGCGUCCAGCACAACCGCCUCCACCUCCACCACUUAUCGUACGCCAACGUGCACAAUCUCUUCCUACACCAUCUCCACUUAUCUUACGUGAACGUCCACCAAUACCACCAGCAAUAAUUGCUAGCCAAACAAUUAUUCGCCGUUUACCUACUAUACCUGUUCCACCACGAUCUGUUAUUAUUGAACGUAUUCCAUCUCGUCCACAAAAACCACGUAAAAUCAUUAUUUUCAUUGAUCAGCUUCAAUUAUUUUUCUAUUUAGGUGAUAUUAUAAUUGAACGGUGGAUUCCCUAUGGGCCUCAACCAAAACGUCGUAUCAUUGUUCAACGUGCUCUUCCUGCUGUACCAUAUCCACAACCACGUAAUAUCGUCGUUAUUUAUGAAACUGCUCCAGCACAUAUAAUCCGACAAUUUAAAAAACUCGGUGUUAUGCACGAAAAUCCUCAAGCUUAUAUAGCUCGUUAUGGGACAUCACUUUUAGAUUCUGCAACACUUAUUCAACAAGCUCGUAAUGCUGGUGUUGUUGAAGAUAUAUCGCCUCCUGCACCACCAUCUUCCAUAUAUCUUGGCACAGGUGGAAAUACUGUCCGUUUUGGUCUGUCACAUCCAACAACUGGUCAAAAUUUUUCGUCAUCAGAUGCAACUAAUUUUGACGGAAUUCAACUAGUUGGUGGUACAGAAGCUGUAAAUCUUGGUAAUACAAAUUAUUUAUCAUCAAAUUUUGUUGAUGAUAGUGCUUUAGCUAGUAGUGUUAAUAUAGCUAAAGCUGCAUUUGAUGUAGGUGGUACAAGUUUUAUUACCAAAUCUGAUAUCAUUCAUGAUGGACAAUUAAAUCAAACAGAAUUGAAACGAUUUCUUCAAAGCCAUAUCUAA